AUGAAUGUAGCUGCUCGCAAAAAGGUCCCAGGCAGCAAAAAGAUCACAAGCAACAAGAAGGCUGGCAACAAAAAUACAGCUGCUCGCAAGAAUACGGGCAACAAGAAGACGGCUGGUAACAAGAAGAAUAGUGCCAAGAAAGCCGAUAACAAGAAACCUGGUACCAGGAAGGCUAUCAAGACGUCCUCGGCCCCCACUUCCACCAAUACCAAGGAGAAGGCCUCUGUUAAGGCUGGCGGCGAGGUGAAGAGCUGCUCCCUGCGAAGGCGCAAUGGCUCAGACGCUGGAUCAUCAGAUUGCGGUGGUAGUAGAGGCGGGAAUAGUGGUAAGAGGAAGGCUCCUAGGAGCGAGAGCCCCGAGAGCAUCCACAAGAGGCCGAAGACCGAAGAGAAACCCACGGAAGAGCAGAAAACUACCACGAAUCCUGCCCGAGAGGAAAGGCCCGAUCCUGCACUCAACGCCAUUGGCUUAAGCCGGUCUGAGUACAAGGACCAAUUAGGCAGUGAAGGCCCGUUCCACAGAUUGGAUAAGCAAUGGAAGCAGUGGAGUGUCAAUCCUGCGGGUAAGGGGAAAGAGACGUAUGGGGAGAAGCCCAUUAUGCAGUACCAAACAUCAGUGACGGACCAAGGUGGGGUUUUCAACACCAAAUGGGUUGAGACAAAGGACCAAAACCUUCCGGAAGGCACAAACCGACGGAACAUGAUAAAAGAUGGCUGGAAAAAGGCCGGUGGCUCACUUGAUAAGCUCAAGGGCUUGGGCGACAGCAACAUCAUCAAUAAAAGAACCAUAUUCAAGCCUGAUAAGAAGGGAUGGGAUGAGAUUAAUGACAACCCCUUCCUCGGCGGUUACAAUAAGAUGCUCAAGGAGAACAAGGAUGAGUUCGGAAAUGCAAAGAUUAAGUCUGUCACGGCGACCAUUCACAAAGGGACCAGUGGGAUCGAUGGAGAUAGCCCUCAUCAUCUUCUGACCAUCCUGGAACGUCCGGAGCCUGACGCGUACAGAAAGAUGAGGCAAUAUCGUCUUGCGGGGGGCUGUACGAAUACAGAACAUAAUGCUUAG